UUGUGCAGGCCCACUACGGCACGCCGAGGUGUCGCUAAUUGUCCGCGUCGCGGGUGUUGGCUGCCAGACUGCGCUAUGCGCGAUCUUACCCAAAGAGUACCUAGGUAUUAUUCUCGCCAGGCAUCACCAGGCGACUCACUCAACUCUUUCCCAUCCUGCAUUCUCUGCCGAAUCGUCCAACGCAUUCCUACCGACGUCGGUCGAUCCUUCGUAUUUGCACCAAGCUUCGUGUCUGGUCCGCGCAGCGCAUCAACGACUGGGACCGGAGUUCCCAAUCAAGGUGCGCCGGCAUUGAGUCGUCGCUUACGUUUAGAUCUUGAUCCCUUUGUUUGGCCAUUCCUCCCGCCACGAUGGCUAGGCCAGAUUCCCCAAUGGACGACUCCCCGCUCUCCUCAAUGUCCUCCUCCGAAGACGAAUUCCCCGACGAGGUAACCGAGGUCAUGGACGAAGGGCCGCCGGCGAAGCGCAUAAAGACGAUUGCGCGAUCCAACACUCCCUCGGCAGUGGUCCAUGACACAGAAGCAGACGCUGACCCGCUUGAGGGCAUGUCUGAUGUUUCCUCCGAUACCGACGGGGAUGUCCCGAGCUCACCAACCAAUGCGCGGCCGGAUGAGGACGACCAUCAGGAGCAGAUCACCGUCUGCGCAUGGGAAGGGUGCAGGGCUGGGGACAUGGGAAACAUGGACAGACUCGUCGAGCAUAUCCACAACGACCAUAUCGAGGGCCGGCAAAAGAUAUACACAUGUGAAUGGGUCGGCUGCUCGAGGAAGAGCCUUCCGCACGCUAGCGGCUACGCACUGAAGGCGCAUAUGAGGAGCCACACACGGGAGAAGCCUUUCUACUGCUACCUACCCGAAUGUGACCGCGCGUUCACAAGAUCUGACGCCCUCGCCAAGCACAUGCGAACAGUGCACGAGACCGAAGCGCUGCGACCGUCCGACCCGGUCCCGAAGAGCAUGCAAGGCGCCGGCGCUGGAGGAAAAUCGAAAAAUCUGAAGAUCAUCAUCAAGACCCCACAGUCGCAUGCCGCCGGCCACGACGAUGCCACAGAUGAUGGCAGUGCCGGCGACGAGUCCUCUGGGGACAUGUUCACGCCAUUAACAGAAGACCAAGGGUUCACACCCAGGGAACUUUCAAUGGCACUCGAACGGCUUAUGAGGCUAUGCCGAUUGCAAGUGAAAUGGGCCGAGCAGGAAGGAGAGAGGCUGCGGAACGAGUGCAAGCGGUGGGAAGAGCUGUACAGGCAGGAGUGGCUCGAGAAGGAAGUGCUGCUCGACCAGGUGGUGCAGAGCGAGCAGGCGUGGCUUCGACGGCGACAAGCGGUGCUUGCGGCAGAGGCCGACGCUGUCGUGGCUCCCGUGGAGUCGAAGGAAAGCUCGUAGUGUUGGAGGUUCGAGGUAUUUACCCCUUGCUGAUGCCAGGUAUCUGCAGAGGUGGGAUGGUCUGCUCCUGGGACCUGGGACGGGAACCGGGACAGGUGUCUGUUAUGAUUCCAACGAGGAGUUACGGGAUGGCGCAGGCAGGGACACAGGGCAAACAU